ACUCAAGGUCACACAAUUGAGACUACAACUCAGGUCUUCAGACUCUCAGGUCGGUGACCAACUGUUCACAAUAUGCCAUAGACAGUAUAAAAUUAAAGUGAGAGCCAGAUCUAGAAUAUAAAUGAAAAAUCCGAUUUUAAAGCAAUAAGCACCUAGAAUACAAGAUAAUUUAAGGAGGGAAAGAAUGUUAAAAACUUGGGAUUGGGAAAGUGAGUUGAGUUGAGAAUGCUUUCAGCUCUCCGUUGCUUCCGGCUCUCCGUCACUUCCCACUCUGCAUGACAGACCAAGUGGAGCUGGGGGCUGGCCAGUCGGGCCCGUGAGCCUUUUCACAGGAUGUCUCUCCGCUGCGGCAGGGUCUCCGGCAUCCUUGGGUCCCGGGUACUUGGAAACUAUUUGUGUAGUCAGUACAAAACAUUGAGUUCUUUGCCAGACAAAAAGAAAGAGUUUCUACAGAAAGGACCAGACCUUCAGGAUUUUAUAUCUGGUGACCUUUCAGACAAGAACACCUGGGCUGAAUAUAAAGGAAAUUUGAAACGACAAAAAGGAGAGAGGCUAAGCUUGCCACCAUGGCUAAAAACAGAGAUUCCUAUUGGAAAAAACUACAAUAAAUUGAAAAACACUUUGCGGAAUUUAAAUCUCCAUACAGUAUGUGAAGAAGCACGAUGCCCCAACAUCGGGGAGUGCUGUGGAGGGGGAGAGUAUGCUACUGCUACUGCUACAGCCACUAUCAUGUUGAUGGGGGACACUUGUACAAGAGAUUGCAUAUUUUGUUCUGUUAAGACUGCAAGAAAACCACCUCCAUUGGAUCCUAAUGAGCCCUACAAUGCAGCAAAAGCAAUUGCAGAAUGGGGACUUGAUUAUGUUGUGCUAACAUCAGUGGAUUGAGAUGAUCUACCUGAUGGGGGAGCUGAACACUUUGCAAAGACAGUUUCACAUUUAAAGGAUAGGAAUUCAAAUAUAUUAGUGGAAUGCCUGACCCCUGAUUUCCGAGGAGACCUUAAAUCUGUUGAGAAAGUUGCACUCUCUGGAUUAGAUGUAUAUGCCCAUAAUGUGGAAACUGUUCCAGAAUUACAAAGGAAAGUACGUGAUCCCCGAGCCAAUUUUGACCAAUCUCUGCAAGUACUAAAACAUGCCAAGAAGGUUCAGCCAGAUGUCAUUUCCAAAACAUCCAUAAUGUUGGGCUUAGGAGAGACUGAUGAGCAAGUACAUUCAACAAUGAAAGCUCUACGCGAGGCAGAUGUGGACUGUUUGACUUUAGGACAAUAUAUGCAACCAACAAAGCGUCACCUUAAGGAAGAGUAUGUUACUCCUGAAAAGUUCAAGUACUGGGAAAAAAUAGGAAAUGAACUUGGAUUUCAUUAUACUGCCAGUGGACCACUAGUACGCUCUUCAUAUAAAGCAGGUGAAUUUUUCCUGAAAAAUCUAGUAGCAAAAAGGAAGACAAGAACCAUAUGAAUCUAUAAAUUGACAAGACUUCUUUUAAGUCCCCAACAUUAUUGAUCAACAUUAUUAGGCAUCCUUAACACCAGAAAUGAUUAUAUCUGGUGGAAAUAUGCCCCAACUUUGUUAAACAUUUUCCAAGCAGUGAGGUGCCAUUUUUUUUUGUUUUUUUUUUUGUUUUUUAGUUAAUCAUUUGGUAAUACAUUUUUUCUCAUUUUCCCUUUGAACCUUAACUUAUUGAAAUAAAAGCAUAAAACAUCUUGGUAACAAUUUGAUGUUAACAGCAUAAUUAAAAAUAUAUUAGGAGCUUCCAAAGGACCUUUCAUCCAAUUGUUGCAUAAGUAUCAUCACAUUUUAAUUGUGAAAACAGGUUCUAAAACAGUAUUCAUCAUCGGUUAUGACUAUGAUCAGUUGAUUUGCCCUUGUAGAGUUGUCCAUCAGCACUGAAAUAAUUUGGAAAAGGUUCGUGUCUUCAAGUUUUGAAUGGCAAUUUUAUAUCGAUAUGAGCAUUAUACAUGAAAGAUCUUUUUGCAUUGUUAUUUAAAUUGUCUGUGGGGAGAAUUUAAAAGGACUCUGAUGAAAUAAGUAGAUCAGGAAAUUUACUUUUUAUUAAGAAAUUAUUUCUUUUAAAAAUGUAUUUUUUUCAAUUACAUGUAAAAACAAUUUUUAACAUUCAUGUUUAAAAAAUUGAGUUCUAGAUUUACUCUGUCCCCUCCCUC